AUGGACGCAACCAAGCGUGGCUUGGAGGGGGCAGGCCCCAGCGGGCCGCCCCUGAAACGCCGAAAUGACAGCGGUGGCGCAGACGACGAGCUUGUGGAAGAGCAAUUUGAAGCAGUGCCGGAAAACUUGGAAGACGAUGGUGAGGAUGUGGAUGUGCGCCUGCUGGAAGAGGACCUGGAGCUGCACUUGGGAGAAGCUGGCAGGAACUGGAAGCGGCCUGAUCCCCCACCGCGAUGCACAGCCACAGACAGCCUUGCGUUCCAGCAGCUCGAUGUGGACUACUUCAUAGGACCUCCAAACCAGCAGCUCUACCGGACAGACCUGUCCGAGGUUCCCAUCCUCAGAAUGUACGGCGUCACUGAGCACGGGAACAGCGUCUGUACCUAUGUGCACGGCUUCGAGCCUUACUUCUACAUUGAAGCCCCCAGGAGCUUUGGCCCGGACGACUGCGACAGCCUCUGCGCGCAGCUCAAUGUGCGCUUCCACAGAAUUUGUGCAAUCCCUAAGUUCUGCCUGGGCGUGGCCAUGGUGCAGAAGCAGACCAUCAUGCACUACCAGCCCCAGAAGAGCCGCACCUUCCUGCGCAUCACUGUAGCCACCCCCAACCUGGUCACCCAGGCCCGAGGCAUGCUAGAGCACGGCAUCAAUGUGGACUCCCUGCAGCGCCACAUGGCCUUCAUGACAUAUGAGAGCCAUGUGCUCUUUGCGCUGCGCUUCAUGAUCGACUGCGACAUUGUGGGAGGCAACUGGGUGGAGCUGAAGGCCGGCGCCUACAGCCUCCUGAACUUGGAGGACCCGCGAAAACAGAGCCACUGCCAGCUGGAGGCGCAUGUGCACUUCUCCAACAUCAUCAGCCACCCUGCAGAAGGCGACUGGCUGAAGCUGGCCCCCUUCCGCAUCCUCAGUGUUGACAUUGAGUGCGCUGGGCGCAAGGGACAUUUCCCGGAGGCGGAGAAGGACCCGGUCAUCCAGAUCGCUAGCUUGGUGACGGAGCAGGGGCAGAGCAAGCCGCUCGUGCGCAAUGUCAUGACUCUGGACACCUGCGCCGCCAUCGUGGGCGCUGAGGUCAUGUCCUUUGACAAAGAGGAGGACCUGCUCAAGAGGUGGCGGGACCUGGUAAUUGAGACGGAUCCGGACAUAAUAAUCGGCUACAACAUCUGCAAUUUCGACCUGCCCUACCUCAUCAAGCGCGCCGAGACACUCAAAGUCCACGACUUCCCCUACUGGGGCCGCAACCGCAAAAUGCGGCUGCGCAUGCGCGACGCGCAGUUCAGCAGCAAGGCCUACGGCACGCGCGAGUACAAGGAGAUCACGAUCGACGGCCGCAUCCAAUUCGAUCUCUUGGUGGCUUUGCAGCGCGACCACAAGCUGUCAUCCUACAGUUUGAACGCCGUCUCUGCGUACUUCCUGGGCGAGCAGAAGGAGGACGUCCACCAUUCCAUUAUCUCGGAUCUCCAAGCGGGGAAUGAGGAGACUCGCCGCCGCCUUGCCGUCUACUGCCUCAAGGCGCGCUAUCAUUGUGCUGACAUGGCGCUGACUCACCGCAACAUGCAGGAUGCGUACCUGCCGCAGCGGCUGGUGGACAAGCUGAUGUACAUGUACAACUACAUCGAGAUGGCGCGCGUCACGGGCGUUCCCAUGUCCUUCCUGCUCACGCGCGGCCAGUCCAUCAAGGUGUUCAGCCAGAUCCUGCGCAAGGCCCGCCAAAAGAAUCUGCUCGUGCCCAACCAGCCCCGGAUGCAGGGCGCUACCGGGGACGGUGUGGCGUACGAGGGCGCUACAGUGCUGGAUGCGAAGCAGGGCUUCUACAAGACGCCCGUGGCCACGCUGGACUUUGCCUCACUGUACCCAUCCAUCAUGAUGGCCCACAACCUGUGCUACUCCACCCUGCUGCCGCCCGACCGGGUGAAAGAGCUGUCCCCGGAGGACGUGCUGCGGUGUCCGACGGGCCACUGCUUCGUGCGCGCGGCCCGCGCCAAGGGGAUCCUGCCGGAGAUUCUGGAAGAGCUGCUGGGCGCCCGCAAGCGAGCCAAGGCCGACCUCAAGGCCGCCUCCGACCCCUUCAUGAAAGCCGUGCUUGACGGCCGCCAGCUUGCGCUCAAGGUCAGCGCGAACAGUGUCUACGGGUUUACGGGCGCGGUGAUCGGCAAGAUGCCCUGCCUGGAGAUCUCGGCAUCUGUCACCGCCUUUGGCCGCAACAUGAUCGACCACACCAAGAAGCUGGUGGAGGAACGGUACCAGCGCAAGAACGGGUACGAGGCAGACUGCGAUGUGAUCUACGGGGACACGGAUUCUGUGAUGGUGCACUUCCGGGUCAAGGACAUCGGACGCGCAAUGGAGCUUGGCCGAGAAGCCGCCGACUUUGUGUCCAAGACCUUUGUCAAGCCCAUCAAGCUGGAGUUCGAGAAGGUGUACAAGCCGUACCUGCUCAUCAACAAGAAGCGCUACGCCGGGCUGCUCUACACCAAACCCGACAAAUACGACAAGAUGGACACCAAGGGCAUAGAGACGGUGCGGCGGGACAACUGCCAGCUGGUGCGCACGGUGGUGUCCACCUGCCUGGAGAUGAUUCUGAUCAACGAGGACGAGGAGGGCGCCAAGGCCUACGUGCGCGCAACCAUCUCAGACCUCCUCAUGAACCGCCUCGACCUCUCACUGCUUGUGAUCACCAAGGCGCGCACCCAAUCUGCGCUGAGCCGGGCGGACACGGCGUACGCGGCGAAGCAGGGGCACGUGGAGCUGGCAAAGAAGAUGCGCAAACGCGACCCGGCCACGGCCCCAACCGUCGGAGACCGCGUCGCCUACGUCCACAUCAAGGCGGCCAAGGGAGUCAAAGCGUACGACAAGGCGGAGGACCCGAUCUAUGCGCUGGAGCACAACCUGCCGAUAGACUUCCAGCACUACCUGGACCACCACCUGGAGCAGCCCCUGCAGCGCCUCUUCGGUCCCAUGAUGAACAACCCCAAGGAACUCAUGACCGGUGGUGCAGGCGCACACACGCGCAGCAUAGCGCUGGCAACGCCGAGCACACACUCGGGGGGCAUUAUGCGAUUUGCCAAGGUGCGGCUGAGCUGCCUCUCCUGCCGCACGCCCCUGCUGCCCGGCGUCUCAGACCUCUGCGACCACUGCCGCCCCAAGGAGGUGGAGAUCUACCACAAGUCGCUGGGCGCGGUGAACGAGCUGGAGCAGCAGUUUGCAGCGCUGUGGACUCAGUGCCAGCGAUGCCAAGGCAGCUUGCAUCAGGACGUUCUGUGCACCAGCCGCGAUUGCCCCAUCUUCUACCGUCGCAAGAAGGUCCAGAAAGACUUGGGAGAGGCGCACACCCUGCUGCAGCGAUUUCCAGAGUGGUGA